UUUCAGGAAACCCUUUUUGUUCACAGACACAGAGAGAGUUUUCAGGAAGCCCUUCUUGUUCGCAAACUCACUGCGAGAGAGAGGGGGUAUGGGUGGGUGCUUCUCAGACAGAAAGGGGGGGCAACAGGCUAUAGGAGGGGUACAGCAAAGGCCCAUCACCGCGAGCGACGCCGGAGCUACUGGACCCAAUGAUGCUGUUGACUUCUUCUUCAGGACUCGCGGGCUUCAUGGUCUCUUCACUCAACUGGAGUUAUCAUUAUCUGCUGCAAACUUACUUGAUCGGGACAUCUUUUCAAAGAGUGACCCCAUUGCCAUAGUGUAUGCAAAGAAAAGGGAUGGAGCACUUGAGGAACUCGGUCGUACGGAAGUAAUUAUGAACACACUUGACCCUGUUUGGAUCAAAAAAAUUUCUAUCGCUUAUCAGUUUGAGAUUGUUCAAACAUUAGUGUUUCAUGUGUAUGAUGUUGACACCAAAUACCACAAUUUACCUGUGAAGAUGCUGAGGUUGAAUGAGCAAGAAUUCCUUGGAGAAGCUAGUUGUGUUCUAUCAGAGAUAGUGACUAAACAGAGUAGGAGUUUGACGCUUCAUCUUCAUAAUAGAAAUGGACAUGGAGCCGGAGGCAUGAAAAGAUUGGGGACACUUACUGUCCAUGCAGAGGAAACAAAUGCUUCGAGGGAAGCUGUUGAGAUGAUACUCCGUUGUUCUCACUUGGAUAACAAGGAUCUCUUCUCCAAAAGUGACCCAUUCUUAAGAAUUUCUAGAAUCGUUGAGAGUGGCGGUGCUAUUCCAAUUUGCAAGACAGAAGUGGUUAAUAAUAACUUAAAUCCGACUUGGAAGCCUCUCCGGCUCACUAUGCAGCAAUUUGGAAGCAAGGAUACCCCAUUGGUUAUAGAGUGCUUUGAUUUCAAUGACAGUGGCAACCAUGAACUUAUAGGAAUACUUCAAAAAUCAGUGGCUGACUUAGAGAAACUCUAUGAGGAAAAAACUGGAUUGAACUUUCAUUUACCGUCUUCUUUUCGCCAUGGCCAUGAGAAGAUUCUGAAGGGCCAAAUAUUUGUGGAUGGGUUUUCUGAAAAAAUGAUGUACAGUUUUCUGGAUUACAUUUCUAGUGGAUUUGAGCUUAACUUUAUGGUUGCUAUUGACUUCACAGCUUCAAAUAGAAAUCCUCGGGACCCACAAUCUUUGCACUACAUUGAUCCUGAAGGUCGAUUAAAUGCUUACCAACAGGCUAUAUUGGAGGUUGGAGAUGUCAUCCAAUUUUAUGAUUCUGAUCGUCGUUUUCCUGCUUGGGGUUUUGGUGGAAGAUUAAGUGAUGGUGCAGUCUCUCAUUGUUUUAAUUUAAAUGGGAACGCUAGAGAUAGUGAGGUUGAAGGGGUUAAUGGAAUCAUGUCUGUCUAUGCAAACACACUACGCACUGUUGCUCUUGCGGGGCCCACAUUAUUUGGACAAGUUAUCAAUAGAGCUGCACAAAUUGCUAGCCAGUCUCUCUCCUAUAACCAGAGCAAGUACUUUGUUUUGCUCAUCAUUACGGAUGGAGUGCUUACAGAUCUUCAAGAAACUAAAGAUGCUCUUGUAAGGGCAUCUGAUUUACCAUUGUCCAUUCUUAUAGUUGGAGUGGGUGGUGCUGAUUUUAAGGAAAUGGAGAUACUUGAUGCUGAUAAGGGAGAAAGGUUAGAAAGUUCUACAGGACGGAUAGCCACACGUGACAUUGUACAGUUUGUUCCAAUGCGUGAAGUGUACGGUGGACAGAUUUCUACUGUCCAAGCUCUCUUGGAAGAACUGCCUGAGCAGUUUUUGACGUACAUGCGGUGCAGAGACAUCAAACCGCGAAUUGCUGAUGAAGCCCACACUUCAAUCUCAGUAUAAAGUUGAUAAAUCAUCAAAUGGUUGUAUAUAAAAA